AUGGACGAUCCAGGUCUAAGAUGGCCCUAUUGGAAGUUUGGUUACAAGAGAGAUGAUCUCUUCACCAAGCUGCACGACCAGUACAACACCACAGUGCAAUAUAUAUCCGACCCGGUCGCCUUCCAGCACGAUGUCUUUGAACUCUCUCACGAGGCAUCCACCGCCGAUGAAUUCCACAACCUCAUGGCCGCACGCAAGGAACACCGUCUCAACGAGCUCAAUCGGUCGCUAGAGUCAGCAUCUUUUGAGAUCAUCGCCAACCCAACUCUCAUUGGAACCGAUCAGUGGCAGCACGCUGUUCAGCUCUUCCGCACAAGGAGUCUCGAUUCACUUGUUCGCUACUUUGCAUCCUAUCUACCUGAAGAUCACCCAUGGCACCACUCAGACACCUCUUCUGCAUCUUCGCUUUCGGGGGACUCUGAGAGCGUGGACGACGAAUCAACAUCUCACUCAGAACACACGAUGUUCUUUGAUGAGGAGCUUGACUCGAAGUUCGAAUCCUACGAGGACCCUUUUGAAGCCGAUGAACAAAAACACAUGAUAUCUGUUUCUGAACCGACCGACAUGUCUAUAAAGUCAAGCGACGCUACAAGAACCGAUGAAUACCCCUUCGAAUUCGUCCUUACACCCUCUCGCAAUCUCUCAUUCUCUGACUCCGAACCUGAUCUGUUUCACCUCAAGGACUCGUGCCCAUCAUUGCAUGACGACGAUGCCUCGCAGACGUCUGCCUCGAGCGUGUCUGACAUUUCGGAGACUCAGCACCAGAAAGAGCUUCUCGCUGAGCAGGACAUUGAGAUCGUAAAGCAUCACGCAGAAUACUUUUCAGAACCUCAAAGCCUCUCAAACGAUGAUGCCAUCACCAUCACCAUUGUCAGCGUCGGCACGAAUCCCAGGCCGAAGCGACACCUCUCCCUUCCGAAAUCACCUAUCAUCUCAUGCCGCAACAACACCAACAACAACAACAACAACAGUCACCAUCGUAAGUCGUCGGCAAAUGGAACAACAGCACAGCCAGACACAAUCGCCAUCACCGGCUCGGUCGCGCCGUCGUGA